UGAGUGACGACAUAGUGAUGAUCUCUGGGUCUACACGUAUAAAAGUGAGCGCUCUCCCCCGGUGCUCACUGCAGCUGCGGAGACAUCACCAUGACGGUUAUCUGCUGGGAGCGAACAUGAAGAACAUCUGGAAUCAAAGAGCAGAGCAGCACUGAAAAGUUUCUCAUGAUGUUGAAUGCAUCCGACUGGCUGGUCCCAAGCGUGGACCCUGAGCUGGACCCCUGCAGUAACUACACGGCGGCCUGGCUGUGGCUGUCCUCCCUACAGCCUACCUACAUGGCUCUGAUCAGCGUGGUGGGGUUUGUGGGCAAUGGCCUGGUUCUCUGCGUGUUCUGCCUGCAAAGGAAACCCUGCAGCGUGGCCGACGUGUACUUGGGGAACCUUGCGGCAGCUGACCUGGUCAUGAUGUCCUGCCUCCCCUUCUGGGCUGUCACCAUCGCUCGUGGCUACCAGUGGGAGUUUGGCGAGGUCCUCUGUAAGCUUGUCAACGUGGUGAUCUCCAUGAACUACAUUUGCAGCGUUCUGUUCCUCGUGUUGGUCUGCGUGGACCGAUACUUGGCUCUGGUGAAGCCAAUGAGCUGCAGCCGUCUGAGGAGAGUCUCCUGGGCCAAGCGUCUCUGUGUGGGGAUCUGGAGUCUGGGCUUCCUCUUGACUUUCCCCACAAUGCUCUUUCGCACAGUGGCGUUUGUAGAAGAUGCAAAUGUGAACGCCUGCAUUCUGGACUACCCCCACCCUGCAUGGAGGCUGCACCACAACAUCACCAGGAACCUGCUGGGCUUCCUCAUACCCGUACUGGUGGUGACUUACUGCACUCGUCACAUUGUGGCAGCCCUGAGCGACCGCGGAGCAGGAGUACUCCCCGGGGUCAGGGCGGAGAGGAAGGCCACAGACCUGGUGCUGGCCGUGUGGGUCGUCUUCCUCUUCUGCUGGACGCCUCACCAGGUGAUGCGAUUUCUUGACACGAUCGAUUACUUCCAGUUGACCCCUGGAUGUCUCUGGGGUCACAUCCUGGACAUUGGCAUACAGCUGUCCACGUACCUUGCGUACAGCAACAGUGCUAUUAACCCCUUCCUGUUUGUAAUCGUCGGGAAGCAAUUCAGGAGACGAGCAGGAGAGGUGUUUGGAAAAACUUUGAAUCCCUGGUCAAAAGAAUCCACCUAUCUGACUGGGAGCUUCGCCUCAGUGAACAGGCUGAAUGAAAAACAGCGAAUCAGUAUCGAAACACUCGACAAAUCUGUGCUGAGACAAACUUUAUCUUGACAUAGAACUGUGGGGACUCUGUGGAAACUGUGAUUCAAACUUUAAACUGUGAUUAUUUAAUGAGAGGUCUAGAAUAUUUUCUUCCUGCAGUGAUAAACUCUAAAGCCUCCAGAAACCAAAAUGCAAAAGACAACAUCCGACUGUGAAAUUCAAGAUUUGAUGAACAUGAUAUUAAAAGUAAAAGCUUACUGUCAAUCCGA